UAGUAUGUCUUUUCACAGUUUAUGCUACAAAUUUACUUGGAGGCAAGAGACAUUUUCUGAGAAGCAGUGAGCCUAUUUCAUCCUUAAAAAUUAUGGCAGAGGAAAACAAUGAAACCAAGAUUCCCCAAGGGCAAAACGGUCAUGAAUCAGCAGUCAUCCCCCCAAUUUAUGCUACAAAUUUACUGGGAGGCAAGAGACUUUUUCUGAGAAGCAGUGAGCAUAUUUCAUCCUUACAAAUUAUGGCAGAGGAAAACAACGAAACCAAGAUUCCCCAAGGGCAAAACGGUCAUGAAUCAGCAGUCAUCCCCCCAAGAAUGAAUCAGAAAACGAAAUGGCCGGAGGUGGUAGGUUUGACGGUAGAAGAAGCAGAGAGGAUAAUAAAGGAAGAGAAGCCUGGAGUUCAAAUACAAGUUCUUCCACCAAACCGUGUUUAUACCUUUGAUUACAAAGUGCAACGGGUCCGACUACACGUUGAUUCCUCAGGAAAAGUUCAUAGGCCUCCUAUAAUUGGCUGACGAUUUCAACUUCCUGUGACUAAUUUCGAGUCCAUUCGAUGAAAACAUGUAAGACUUCGAUCGCUAUUUGAGGAUAUCUUAGUGAAUUUGAAUAAAGCAUGAAUGGUUUUUGUGUUUC